AUGCCGUGUUUGCCCCGGCUCCCGGCUUUCCCGUUUAAUAGACCAUCAGAACAGCAGUAUCGUGUUCCCAGCAGUGACCAGUUGGGUAUGCCUAGGGCAUACUGGGGAAAGGGCCAGGCAGACAGUGAGAAGUCUCUUUGUUAUCCUGUACCAUCAAUUGCUUCAGCAGACAUGGAUUUUAAUCAGCUGGAAGCUUUUCUCACUGCACAAACCAAAAAACAAGGUGGCAUCACAUCCGAUCAAGCUGCAGUCAUUGCAAAAUUUUGGAAGAACCACCGAAUAAAGAUCCACGAGAGCCUGAUCAAUCAAAGCCGUUGGGAUAAUGUCUUGAAAAACAUGAACUGGCGAGUGGAUCUGAAGUCACAGUCAAGACACAUCGAUCAGAUAAACACUCCAGUUGCAAUAGUUGAAAUGGAACUGGGAAAAAAUGGGCAGGAAUCGGAGUUUCUUUGUCUGGAGUUUGAUGAGGCCAAGGUGAGCCAGAUGCUGAAGAAACUCUCGGAAAUAGAGGAGAGCAUGACUUUGUUGACUCAGACCACUUAACCAAAUAAAGAGAUCGCAACUC